AUGUUUCCAAAAUUAUUUCAAAGGCGAUCAAAGGAACGAUCUUCAUUCGUAUCCUUGUUAACCACCAUAUUGACGUUCCUCCAAUGUAUAUCAGCUACGACGUUUACUGGUAGACAAAGUUUAUCCGGUGUAACAGUCUUCUUCGAUACAGUUUCUAUUACCACCGACUCUGUCUUGGUUAUCAGCUCUGGUGCAUUACAUUAUUUUUUCAGUAGUGUGAUUAAUAAUGGCGAGCUAUGUAUGUACCAACCAGGAUCACUAAUUAGCUUUGGUAUGACCAUCGCUUUUACAAGUGAUGUUUACAAUUACGGUACCAUGGUUUUUGAUGACACUGCUGCUACAUUCCCCAUGGUUCUUCAAUUAAGCGGUGGUACCUUUUACAACUCCGGAAGCAUCUACGCAAAGGGUACUUACACGAUUCUUUAUACUAGUAGUUACACUAUAGGUGCUAGCAACUUCAAUAAUGCUGGUCUAAUAUCGUUUGACCAAGGAAGUGGUACUGGGGCUUCAGCCUCACUAGGCUCCGGUACAAUGACAAAUACAGGUACUAUUUGUGUGACUAAUACUGUCCUUACCCAACAGGCAACAAUGUCAGGUACUGGUUGCAUCGUUUUGAACACUUCAGGUCAAUUAACCGCCAAUACUGCUAGCUAUUCCUUAUCUGGCCAAACCGUUUAUAUGAGUUCCUCUUCUGCGCAAGUUUUAGUCAGUUCCACUGGGAGCGCAGUAAUAAAGGUCAGAGGUUUUGGUAACAGUAAUAAAAUAACUAUGCCUUAUGUGAUCAUGGGCAUAAGCUAUGCCUCUUCUACCGGGAUACUAACCGUUUCUCAUCUACUAGGAACUGGAUACUUCGAUAUAGGCUUGGGCUAA